AUGCGGCUGCACUCGAUCAUGAAAGGUCGUUGUGCCACAUGUUGCUUUCUGCUUCUUGUGAUUUUCCUGUUGGGCAGUUUUCCAACAGUCCAUGCGAAGAAGCAAGACAGCAGCGAUGAGAACGAAACUGAAGAACCGCCGUCUCGUUGGAAACCUUUGACCAAGGAACAACUGCAGGAAAAGGUACAGGAACACGCCGAUCAGUUCCAUAAGGAUACUCAAGUGAUACGGGAUAAGGUCCAUGAACAUGCCGAUCAGUUCCAUAAAGAUACUCAAGUGAUACGAGAUAAGGUCCAUGAGCAUACCGAACAGUUCCAUAAGGAUGCCCAAAUUGUACGGGAAAAGGUCCACGAGCAUGCCGAGCAGUUCAAAGAAGAUGUUCAGGAACAUGCCGAACAUUUCAAGGAAGGAGUCAAGUCGAUUCUUCCACCCGCACCCACCAACAUAUUUCAGGAAAUACAAAAUUUUGGAGAGCAAUUUCAAAGUGACGUGCAACAAAUUGGAGAGGACUUUUUCAAAGAAGUACAAACCAUGCAGCGAGAAUUCAAGAAACGACUCCUGAAGGACUUCUUUCAGCAGCGAGUGGGAUGGGAGCGAUUCCGCCAUUCCAUCAGAGAUCAUCUAGGAUUAUUGCUGGGCAUUUGGGUGACCUUUCGUGGCCAGGUUCAUCCCUGGUUGGCAUCACCAGAAAAUGGAGGAAGGGGCGGGGCAUUGGCGUUGCAAAUGGGACAAUUUGUGUGGCAUUUUUUGGAUGCCAACACGGAUUUGUUUCAUUCUCCCUGGUCCCACGACGUACUUUCCCUUCUUGUGGCAAGUUCAUUCUUCAAGUAUGCUCAGCCAAAGAAAAAUUCCAGAGUACUGAAUUGCGUGCCUCAUGCCUUGUUUGGUAUCGCUCUGUUGCCUUUCUGGAGUGUGGUCGUCGAGGAAUGGUUAGCUGCUGAUCCAUCAUCUGCUCAGCAAGGCAGUGACAUCCAGGCACCCUUCGCUGCAGUCCUGGCAGCUGUAGCUGUGCACAUGUCGUAUGUGAAGUAUCUACAGGUACCAAUUCCAUUGGCAUCUUCCUGUUUGGGUGGUGGAAUCCUCGUCUAUGACAGCGUCCGUGCCGAAGUGCGGGGCAACUACAUCUACAUGUUGGAAACAACUGCACAUUUUCUUCUACCGACCGUCCACUUGGUGGGGAGGCUUUUGAAACUACUCCUACGGCCCGCUCGAGCAGUGUGGAAACGAUGGCUCAAAGGCUUCUGGAACAAUGUACUGUAUCCAAAAGCCACAAAAAGUCUGGUUCGUCGGGUUAUCACCACAAUUCGCCGGGUUUGGAAAAAGGCCACGGCCCCAAUGAACAAAGUGAAGGAUAUCCUCGCGGCAAACCCUGUGGUUCAAAAGUGCAAUGAGCUUGCCAUGCGAUUCCGCAAAGCCUUUCGUCCAGUGUUAAUUCCGUGGGGUAUUGCCAUGUGGGGAGUGGCUGUCCAAAUGAACUACAUUACAAACAUUGGGGGUGUCUGGAAAGUGCUUCGCUUCAGCAUGGAUCCAAUCUCGUUUCUAAAGGAAAGGCUCAAAGGAUACUUCAGCCCAGAUUCAUACGCCCGAAAGGUAGUGAUUAAAACCGCCCGUUCCAUACCUCAGAUGCUGGGAAAGUUGCUGCCAGCAACUGUUGACAAUAAUAAACUGGAUCAAGGGCGGAAUGCUGGGAAAGGUCGUAGCGGUGUCUCUGGGAAUACCGGACGGUUCUCGAGGAAGAGAUGA